UAGGUUGAUCGAAUUGUACAUCUCUCAAUUUUGUCUCGACGCUGCCGUUCUUGAUCUAAAAAGUGGUCGGAGGCUGGCGAGUGGAGGGGGGGGGGAUAAGUUCAACUGACCACAGGCAGAUAUCGGUCUCCAUAAUGUCUCUCGUUAGAGAACAGUUCGGAUUUUAGAAUGCUUUUCCUUAUUCUCAUACCUGUUGUCAAUUCAUGUAUCCCUACUCAGCAAGUCGAAACGACAACUUCGACAACCACUACCACCACCACGACAACCUCCACGACAACAACGACACCUAUUCCAUGCCCGACGGGAUGGGAAGAAUUUGAACGGCCUAGCGGGACAUGGUGCAUUAAGAUGUAUGCUGCUCUAGGAGAUCGUGCAAACGCGAUAAGUGCUUGUGCUGCGGAGGAAGCUGUCCUGAGCGGAGUGCAAAAUCAAGCGGAGCUGGACUACAUGAUUACCGCAUUCAAUGCUGUGGAUACGAUAAUGGCUAUGGAUACAACAUUUUGGAUUGGCGGUGAAAGGACGUCAGCAUGUCUAACAUCAGGAUUGACAGCGACAUGCACCGCACUGACAUCUUUUGAAUGGACAGACGGCUCAACGACUGGAACUGAUGGAUGGAUUUGGAGAUCCGGGGAGCCGAACAAUGCAGGCGGAUUGGAAAUUUGUGCCACUGUGGAAAUUACGUAUGUUAGCUUGGCAGAUCAACGAUGCGAUAGAGCGGAUUUUAAUGGAUAUGCGUGUGGAAAAUCGCCGAUGUAAUUUAUUAUAAUAAUAAUUGAAUAAUAAUAAUAAAUCUUUAUUGAUUGA